GCGAGUCCAUUCGUUAGUAUACAGUUCCUGUCGAGCAGUGCAAUAGAACAGAUCGAUCUCUCCUACGAACCAAGAGUGGCGAAGUGAUUUGUGUUGUCGGGCUUACACUUUAAGUUAGUUUACAUGAAUUUAGUCCGAAGUGACACAUUAGUUCUGGCAUUUUUGUGUAUUACAAGAAGAAACUGGAGGCUGGAAGAAUUUGAGUGUUCAGAUAAAGAACGUACAAUCGAAGCCAGAACCAUAUUAAAAUGCUGCUGAGAAAGUUUCCUCCUUCAGGAAUCUCAUCUUGUGCUAAACAGUGCAGAUGUCUCUCCACUCAAGCUAGCACAGUACUUAAGGAAACGCCUGAGUCGAACGGAAUCGGUUCAGAUUCUCAGGUGUAUUCCAAGCACAGCUAUGACAAAAUCACUACCUUGCGGAAGCAAUUUCUUACACCAAAUGUUACCUCGUAUUACAAAAAACCACUGCUCAUCCACAAGGGCAGCAUGCAGUGGCUGUACGAUCAUGAGGGACGACGCUAUCUGGACAUGUUUGGAGGAAUUGUAACGGUUUCCGUUGGUCAUUGCCACCCAAAAGUCAAUGCAGCGCUAGCGGAACAGAUGAACACACUAUGGCAUACAACAAACAUUUACAUGCAUCCGAAAGUGCACGAAUAUGCGGAAAAGUUGGUAUCGAAACUUCCAGGGGACCUGAAGAAUGUCUACUUUGUCAAUUCUGGCUCGGAAGCAAAUGAUUUGGCGAUGCUCAUCGCUCGGCUAUACACUGGAAAUCAUGAAAUUAUUAGCUUCCGAAACGCGUACCACGGAGCAUCCCCAUACACGAUGGGACUUACCGCACAUUCCACUUGGCGAUACUCUCUGGCCGGAGUAAGCAACGGCUUGAUUCAUGCUAUGAAUCCUGACCCCUACACCGGUAUUUGGGGUGGGAAAAACUGCCGCGAUUCGCCGAUACAAACUACACGCAACUGCGAUUGUGCCGUGGGGCAAUGUCUUGCUUCGGACAAUUACUACGAUGAAUUGGAGCAAAUAUUUAAGUAUUCGCUACCACGUGGGAAGGUUGCCGCCAUGUUUGCUGAAUCGAUACAGGGCGUUGGUGGAACAGUGCAGUACCCUAAGGGAUAUAUCAAAAAGGCUGCCGAACUAGUGAGAGCCAACGGAGGACUGUUUGUGGCCGAUGAGGUGCAAUCCGGAUUUGCCCGAACUGGAGAACAUUACUGGGGAUUCGAGGGACACGCCAUCACCCCUGAUAUUGUGACAAUGGCGAAGGGUAUCGGAAACGGGUUUCCAAUAGGGGCAGUGGUAACAUCCCGUAAAGUGGCCGAAGUGCUCUCGCAAGCAUUGCAUUUCAACACAUACGGUGGCAACCCGUUAGCUAGCGCGGUGGGAAUGGCUGUUUUGGAUAUAAUUGAUGAAGAGGAGAUGCAAAAGAAUGCUAAUGAGGUUGGCACAUAUCUGCUUCAUGGUCUAGCUAAACUGCGGGAUAAAUAUGAUGUCAUCGGUGAUGUGAGAGGAAAAGGAUUGAUGAUUGGCGUUGAACUUGUGGCGAAUAGGGAAACUCGUCAACAUCUCAGCGCACCACAUUUCGUUGAGAUUUGGGAAACGUGUAAGGAUAUGGGCGUUCUGUUCGGGCGAGGCGGUUUCAAUGCUAACGUAUUGCGAUUAAAACCACCGCUAUGCGUUAGCCGAGGGGAUGCAGAUUAUGCGCUCACUGUGAUAGAUUACGCGUGCCAAGCGUUUCAAAAGAAGCGGAAACGGGGUUGUAGAAAAUGUUAAUGCCAUAAUAUACUGCUGUGAUUUAUAACAUUUUCCUUUUUUGAUUAAGUUUAGGAUAUCAUUCAAUAUAGAACUGUGAUGCUAAAAUUAAAUUAGAAUAUAUAUAAGGGCUGGAUUGACAUGUAAGGAUUAGAAACCUCAGCCUCAGUAUUCUGCUCGAGUACAGUCCUGAACAUCAUGCAAAGAGCUGAACAUAUAUUCGCCAAACAUGUGUAACCCGAUGGUAAAAUAAAUCUCACGCAUGCCAUGGAGCUUGCACAUAUAUCACGAGAA